UCGAGAGACGGGAAGCGGCAUUGCCUGCUGCAACUACCUUGUUGUCUCCGUUGCCUGACCCUUCCCAGUACCCGUGAUGCCAAGGCCACUGCGUGGGGCGAGGAAUAGUCGGGGUUGAGCCCCAGCUGAGCCCGGGGCUCACGCUCUUCCGAUCUCCCCGGCCCGCCCCACCUGAAGAAAUGAGUGGUGGAUUGGCCCCAAGUAAAAGCACAGUGUAUGUAUCCAACUUGCCCUUCUCCCUAACCAACAAUGACUUAUAUCGGAUAUUUUCUAAGUAUGGCAAAGUUGUAAAGGUUACUAUAAUGAAAGAUAAAGACACCAGGAAAAGUAAAGGUGUUGCGUUUAUUUUAUUUUUGGACAAAGACUCUGCACAAAACUGUACCAGGGCAAUAAACAACAAACAGUUAUUUGGUAGAGUGAUAAAAGCAAGCAUUGCUAUUGACAAUGGAAGAGCAGCUGAGUUCAUUAGAAGACGAAACUACUUUGAUAAAUCUAAGUGUUAUGAAUGUGGGGAAAGUGGACACUUAAGUUACGCCUGUCCUAAAAAUAUGCUUGGAGAACGUGAACCUCCAAAGAAGAAAGAGAAAAAGAAGAAAAAGAAAAUUCCUGAACCAGAAGAAGAAAUUGACGAAGUAGAAGAAAGUGAAGAUGAAGGGGAAGAUCCUGCUCUUGACAGCCUCAGUCAGGCCAUAGCUUUCCAGCAAGCCAAAAUUGAAGAAGAACAAAAAAAAUGGAAACCCAGUUCAGGGGGUCCGUCAACAUCUGAUGAUUCAAGACGCCCAAGGAUAAAGAAAAGCACAUAUUUCAGUGAUGAGGAAGAACUUAGUGAUUAAAAUUAUAUUUAUUAUGUAAAUAUCAUUAAUUUUUUUUAAUCUUGGAGUACCAAGUUUAGUUGGGACUAAAGAUCACUUAACUUAGAAUUUAAGCAUAAGAAUACUUAAUACCAAAUAAUUUUUUACUUUAAAGUAUUUCAUAGGAAAUUGUAAAGAAAUUUCAAAGGAUCAUGUAUCUAUCUUGCCUUAGCAGAGUAUUAAAAAUAAAGAUUUGCUAAUAACCAUUAACCUUGAAAACAGUUUAUUUGAAUAAAAAAUAAAACUUAAUACUA